AUGGACGCCGAGGACCCGGCCUUCGAGCCCCGGCUCUGCGGCGAGCUCAAGCACCUGUGCCGGCGGCUGCAGGAGGCGUACCGCGAGCUGCGCGAGGACCUAACGCCCUUCAAGGAUGACCGCUACUACAGGCUGGCCCCCAUGCGGCUGUACACGCUCUCCAAACGCCACUUCGUCCUCGUCUUCGUCGUUUUCUUCAUCUGCUUCGGCCUCACCGUCUUCGUUGGGAUCAAAGGGCCAAAAGUGAUCCAGACUUCCGCAGCCAAUUUUUCACUAAACAACAGCAAAAAGCUGAAGCCAAUUCAAAUACUUUCCAACCCACUGUCUACAUACAACCAGCAGCUGUGGCUGACGUGCGUCGUGGAGCUGGAUCAGUCGAAAGAAACUUCGGUUCAGACAAGCUUUUCUAUGACUGUUAAAGUCGAUGGCGUAGCUCAAGGUGGAAACAUAAUGUUUAUUCACAACAAAGUGCACAACCGGACCAGGACCCUCACGUGUGCAGGGAAAUGUGCAGAAAUCAUCGUGGCUCACCUGGGUUACCUGAAUUACACGCAGUACACGGUGAUGGUGGGAUUUGAACACCUGGAGCUGCCCAUCAGGGAGAUGAACUUCACGUGGAAGACUUACGACCCUGCCUUCUCCCAGUUGGAAAUCUGGUUCCGAUUUGUCUUCGUGGUGCUCACCUUCAUUGUCACCUGCCUGUUUGCACACUCGCUGCGCAAGUUUUCCAUGCGGGACUGGGGCAUCGAGCAGAAGUGGAUGUCCAUCCUGCUGCCUCUGCUGCUGCUUUACAACGACCCCUUCUUCCCCCUGUCCUUCCUGGUGAACAGCUGGGUUCCGGGCAUGCUGGACGACCUCUUCCAGUCGCUGUUCCUGUGCGCGCUGCUGCUCUUCUGGCUGUGCGUGUACCACGGCAUCAGGGUGCAGGGAGAAAGAAAGUGUUUAACUUUCUAUUUGCCCAAGUUCUUUAUCGUUGGACUGUUGUGGUUGGCUUCUGUGACCCUCGGAAUAUGGCAAACAGUUAAUGAAUUACAUGAUCCAAUGUACCAGUAUCGCGUUGACACCGGAAACUUUCAGGGAAUGAAAGUCUUCUUCACGGUGGUGGCAGCUGUUUACAUUUUGUACCUCCUGUUCCUGGUCGUGCGGGCGUGCUCCGAGCUCCGACACAUGCCUUACGUAGACCUCAGGUUGAAGUUUCUGACUGCGUUGACCUUCGUCGUGCUGGUCAUCAGCAUUGUCAUCCUUUAUUUAAGAUUUGGAGCACAAGUCUUACAGGACAACUUUGUAGCUGACCUGUCUACUCAUUACCAGAAUUCAGCUGAAUUCUUGUCGUUCUAUGGUUUGAUCAACUUCUAUCUCUACACGCUGGCCUUCGUGUAUUCCCCGUCCAAGAAUGCUCUAUACGAGUCCCAGCUGAAAGACAACCCCGCCUUCUCCAUGCUGAAUGACUCCGACGACGACGUCAUUUACGGGAGUGACUAUGAAGAAAUGCCUCUUCAGAAUGGCCAGGCCAUCCGGGCCAAGUACAAGGAGGAGUCGGACAGCGACUGA